AUGGGCAACACGCCUUCACCUGCAGGCGACCUGACUCGCUCUGGUAUAGGCGUGUAUCUUCUGUCGAGGAGACCCUCACCGCCAGCGUCCCCUAAGAUUUUUGACCAAGUUCAGAAUUCCACUGCAAAUCACCAGAAAAAUAUCGUUGCACUCUACAAACUCCACCUAGAUGCUGCCAAUUUCACCGAACCCGUACAUGAUGGCAGAAGCAUCAAACUCACCGGUGAGCGUAUGUUCGAGGAGAAAUUCAAAGACAUACUAUGCAGGGCUGCCGCUGUGAAGAAAGGAACGUCGCAGGGUGACCGGAUAGUCAAGUUUGUUGGAGCGUACACAAAAUACAUUAAUGAGAGAGCCACUGAGGUAAAGAAGGAGGAUGACGACGACGAUGAUGACGAUGAGACCACAGCCUCUCGGUUUGUUGAGAAAGUGCUUGCCUUCCUCCUAAUUGGCUUUGAAGCCAAGGACAAGGUUGCACGCUACCGCUGCGUCCACUUUUUGGCGGAGAUGGUCGCGCACUUGGGUGAAAUUAGCGAAAAGUUGUACACUGAGCUCCGCACAGCUCUGUUCGAGCGCGUGCAUGACAAAGAAACAUUUGUUCGAGUUCAGGCUGUCAUCGCACUUUCGAAACUAUGUGGCUCGGAAGAUCCAUCUGACGUGGAAGAAGGAGAACCCACUGCUCUUGAGGUGUUGCUGGAGACUCUUAGUUGUGAUCCUGCCGCAGACGUCCGUAGAGCCGCAUUGCUCAACAUUCCUCUGUCUUCAGCGACCCUAGAUGCUGUCCUUGCUCGGACACGCGACACUGACACGAUCAUGCGCAAGCUGGUUUAUUCCGCUAUCCUAGUCCAACAUUGCUUCGUUUCUGAUGGAUCUGCAAUGGGGCUCGUUCAUCCUCGCGUGCUUACCAUCGCACAGAGAGAGUUCAUUAUUCGCAAUGGUUUAGGUGAUCGAGAGCCAGCGGUUCGCCAGGCUGCAGCUUUGUUACUCAGCAAAUGGGUGGACGUUGCUCGUGGAGAUGUCAAGAACGAAGAAAGCAAGACCGUUGAAGAUGAUGUUCUCGCACUUCUAAGCCUCUUUGAUCUUACAGAGAGCACAGUUGCAGAGGACGCACUGCUGAGCGUUUUGGACAGACGCCGUGAUAUUUCCGACCACGUCGAGUUUAAGGAUGCCUACUGGGCCAACCUGACCCCAGAGCGAGCUUUUUUCGCUCGCGUUUUCGUUGACCACUGCAUUGCCAUUAAAGAUGCGGAAAAACUAGACGCUUCUCUCCCGGUUGUCACUGCCCUUGCCUACCACAUUCAAGCUGCCUACAAUGCAUACCAAGAAGACUUGGAGGUUGCCGAGCAAGAAAGAGUAAUUCGUAGUGAACCAACUGAAGAAGAAGAAGAGGCUCGCAUUGACAAGGAAUUUGUCAUAGGCGAGAUGCUCAAGGUUUCUGUGAAUCUAGACUACGCUGAUGAGAUUGGGCGCCGAAAAAUGUUCCAGCUCGUGAGAGACAUGAUCUCUCAGGAAGCACUACCCGAAUCGCUUGUCGCUAGAUGUUUGGACGUAUUGCGAAUGCUAUCACCAAACGAGAGGGAUCUUAUUCGAGUGGUUGUAGAAGUAGUUCACGAGCUUAGGGAUGUCAGUGACGAAGAAGAAUCUCUAAAGGAGCCUGCAGAUGACGGAGAGACCAAUUUUGGCGAAACACCCAUGCCAACUCGUAUGGCACCCAAAGAACCAAAGUCAUCAGAAGAUAUGUCUUCCGAAGAACGAGCCCGUAUGGACGCGAUUGAUUUGCGUUGUCUCUCGCUUUGUAUAGGCAUGCUGGAGCGUGUUAACGGAACAUUCGAGGAAAAUUCGACACUCGAAGGCAUCCUUGGCGAGCUAAUCAUUCCUGCCGUCAAGCGUAAGGAAUUAGUACUUCGUGAAAAGGGUCUCAUUUGUUUAGGUCUUUGUUGUCUUAUUGCUCGACGCAUGGCUCUCAACUCUUUCCAGCUUUUUUUGGGUCAAAUUCAGACUGCCCCAGAGGUCCUGAAGAUCCAGGGUGGUGCAAGCGAGCGUAUCGUCGAAUUUUUCUUGCAUGUCCUGGAACAUGAGGAAUCCGACAAGGUGCAAGCCCUUCUGUGUAUUGGCCUUGCAAAGCUUGUUCUUGCCGGAAUGAUCUGUGAUGACAAGGUACUGCAGAGCCUGGUUGCUGCAUAUCUUGCCCCGGACACGAUCGACAACCAAGAAGUCCGCCAGUGCCUUGCCUAUUUCUUCCCCGUGUACUGCUACUCCUCCCCAGUCAACCAGCGGAGAAUGCAACGGCUGUUCGUUGGAUUGUUCGAGAAACUUGCCCCAGAAACCCGAAAUGUUGACGAAACCCAGGAGAUGGUUAGUCCUGCUCAAAUAGCAGCUAUGUUCGUGGAUUGGACCGAUCCGCAGAAAGCUAUCGAGGUGCAAGAUCAGCCAACCGACGAGACAAUUCAUAUCGACCUGGCAAGCGAUAUCGCAAGAGCAUUGUUCGACGACAAAAUGAUAAAGGAGGACAAGAAAGUUUUAUAUCAAGUUCUUGGGCGGCUAUACUUACCGGACAAGGUUGAUGACGAUAAAAUCCGCACACUUAAAUUACUACUUCACAACCUCAAUUCUCGUCGACCGAUCCGUGACACAGCAGCCAAGAAUGCCCUUGCGAAAUUUGAUGCUGCGAUCUCGAAAAGAUAUGCUGAGCAACUAGAGAGCUUCAACGAGGAAGACUACAGGCAACUGGAGUACCUGAAAGAUUUGUUCGAGUUUCUUGAUGAUAUCAUUCCCUUGGACGACGGUGAGGAGGUUGACAUACCUCGCACUCGUGCCCGGAAGAGGCGCUCGGGAAGCAUUGCUACUGAUACCACGGACAGCAUUGCACCAGAUGAAAGUGUGGCUUCUGCUACUUCUUCAUCACACCCAAAGGCCAAGGGCAGGGGGAAACAAACCAAGCGGAGACGUGUUUCUGAUUCCGAUGACUCGGAUGAUAUCCAAUCGUAUGACCAUGUUACCCCAGCACCCACGCGAACCCUGCCAAAGCGAGCCGCGUCGGUAAAGAAACCUCAGGUAGUGCAGUUAAUAGAGGAUGACGAUGACGCUGAGGAGCAGGAGGAGGAAGAGGAGGAAGCUUCACCCCCUCCUGCCUCUCAGAAGGGGCGAAGGCCCAGGCCUGCAACCAAAGCGAGGGGUGACAUUCAGCCUGCUUCUGCAGGGAAUAGUACCCUCGAUUCCAUCAUGGAUAGCGAAGAAGACGAAGAGGAGGAAGAGGAAGUGGCUAACGAUAUAUUGGGUUCGGAGUAG